CGUGUGCGCUGUCAAACCUGUCAACCCAAACUUCAUUCCAAUUUUUAGUUUAUAAUUUAAAGAAAACAAUUUUAUUUCAGUCCAUUACGUAAAUAUGGCAGUUACGAAAUAAGAUCAUGCAGAAUGACUUGGACCUCGAGGACUUGGAAUCCAUGCUCUACAGUCAGGUUUAUCAUGGUGUGAAUGACGAAACUGAGCCGCACGAGAAUUUAAGAGAGACGUUAUCGAAACCUACGGACGACAUGAGAAGGCCUGGCAGAUAUUUCGGUCCCUGGAGCCCAGGCUCAAGGUUGCAUAAGAACGCGCCACAGAAGAGUGGUUCAAAAACGCCUGGACGCAGAGACAAUCGGCAGGAGGGUAGUUAUAACAAGAGUUUCGGGAAAGCGCGAAAACCGGAGAUUUCUAUAAAUCAGGUGCUUGUGGUGAGCCCAAAACCCAUCAUGUGUAUGACUGCGAAAGAGCGAAGUAGAGCGCGACGCAAGUUGAAAAUGAAGGAAAAAAUAAAACAGAAGAAGGCUCUGAAGGCACUUAAUGUCGCUAAGUCGGUGAAACAAGUAGAGCAGGAUGUUAUUACGGUGUCAGACAGCGAAGAUGAUAGCUGCGUCAUAGUCGAUAAUAAGUGGCCCGUGUUGUCCGUAGCGGACUCAGACGACGAAAAAGAAACCGUGCGUGAAGACAACGUAACACAAUCAAGUAACAUUGACAAUACAGAAAACACAGAAGUGGAGACUUUGAAUGAAAGUUUAACAGAUGACGUUAUAUUUAUAGAACCUGUUGUAGCCCCUAUUGAAGUUAUCAACCUAGAUGAAGAACUUGACGUUAGUAAAGAAAAACACAGCGAGACUGCGUCCUCUGCAUCCUCCGACAAUACUAGCAUUAAUGACUCUCCAACAAAAAACCUAACCCAACAAAUGCACCAAGAACGUAAAGAACUGUUAAGAACUCCAGAUUCCGCUUCAAACGAUUUUAUGAAUAACUCAGGGGUCGAGUUGAAUCAAAACAAUUUCAAUUUUAGUCUUCACGGGUCUGAUUUUAACAACGACGCUUUCCUUAAGCCAGCGCCACCUACAGAAACCUGUGAAACUGAAAGCAGUUCGAGUACGACAGACGCAAAUUCCGUAAAUUUAAUGAAAACGAUAGUUUUUAAUGAAGUGGAUUUUCCAAAAGAGGACAUAUUUUCAGAAAACAAUUUAGAGAGUUUUGGUAAUUUUAUAACCCCUCUUAGAACUAGUGCAACUAUGAGUAGUGUGCAAUCGUCGCCUUUGAGGCUUCCUGACCCCCAAAAUAAAACUAUUUAUUCAAGUGAUAGUAGCUCAGAGAGCGACUAUGAGGAGGCUCAAAUUGACAAGAAAGAUGUGGCUCAAAAAGCGAAAUUGUUGCCAGAAUUGUCACCCAUGCAGUUGAAACAGAGCGCUUCUCUUUCUAUAGUGAAGAAAACGAAGAAAACGAGCGGUUUAGAUAGCAAAUAUGAUUUAAUAAGUGGAACUGAAUCUCCUGUGAAAGAUAUAAAAGCGAAAAAUUCGUGUAAAAAGAAGAAAAAGAACAAGAAGAGAAAGAGCGGUAAUGAUGAAAGUUUUGAAAAAGAAAUGGUGACUGAGGAGGUUGAAGAUGAGUUAAAGAGGAAGAAACGAAAAUCCAGUCAGAUGGAGAAUUCAGAACUUGGUGAGAACAACCAACCAAAGAAAAGAAAUGUAUCUAUUAAUAGCAAUGAUGUGACUCAGGAAGCCACUCCUGACGAUGAACUUACACCUGUUGACGUUUCAGAUCCUGCAGGCACAGGAAAUAAUGCAGACGUAAAUGAAUUUAUAAAAAGCGACAGUUUUCAAAUUGUUGAAAAUAUCGAAACGGAACUAACGCCAUCUGUUGUCAGUCGUGACGAAACUAAAAAUGACAGUGUACUUAUCACAACAGAGGAUCACACAACUCCACCAAUAAACAACAUUUCACUGAUAGUAAAAGACGACAAACCCAACGAAUCAAGUGACCUCCAACUUGUUGAAAUUAAAGAAGAAGAAACUGAGUCGCCACCUGCACCGCUAGAUGGCGUAGUCGUCGUCGAAGAAGUGUUCACUGAGACGAAUACUCUGGUUGAAUUAUCAGACGCAGAGUCGGUGUUAUCGUCGUUGCAAGAGCAACCAGACAUCCAACUGAAUUUCGAGGAGCCAAAAAGCGACGAUAAAGUUUGCUUAACAGUCGAGUUUGGCAUGGAUUUGACUAAGUACAGUGUGAAAGAGCUCCAGCUGAAGAUGUCAAAUGAUCCAAAACUUUGGACAAUCUUAGACUCUGAUAGGUCGCCGUCGAGAAAAAAUAGGGGGCGAAGGUGCACUAGGUGUAAGCAGUUUGGCCAUGUCGGGAUUAGGUGUACCAAUAGGGUUGAACCGAAGUGUACGCUGUGUGGAGGACGUGGGCAUUAUGAACCGAGGUGUCCAAAUAAACUCUGCACACAGUGUGGUCAGCGAAGCCCCUAUGCAACGACUUACUGCAACUCGUGCUUUAAAUUCCGAAACUUUCGAUGCCAGAUUUGUUCCAUGCCGGGUCACCUGCCCGACGCGUGUCCAGAUUUAUGGCGACGCUACCACUUAACAACAUCGGAAGGACCCCUCAUCAAACAAACCGGACCAUCAUUAAAAGAAAAAAACCAAUUAUGGUGCUCUGGAUGUGCCCGCUCUGGCCACUUAGAACACUCCUGUCGCUUUUACAAGUCGAUUUAUCCACCAACUGACGUCGACAUAAAGAGCUACGAAGACAUAUAUAAAGAGGAGACGAAACAACAAAAACCACUGCGAUUCUCUCCACCCUCGAAUCACCACAUGAACAACCAGGUGUACCAACCAAGACCAGCAUUUCGGGGCAACUAUGCUCAAACUAGCCACAACUACAACCAAGUCAACCCCCAGUUCAUCAAACCAUUCAUGGAUGGAAUAUUCGUGGCCAACCAGCAGAAUUUCUUUCCGCCUGAACCCCCGAAUUUGCUCCAAUACCCCCCCAACCACAACCAUGUAGUUUUCAACAACGUUCUACCGACCUUCAUCAGUUUCGACUCGCAAGUUCCCGCACCCAGCGCGUACGAGCCAGUCCCGGAAUUGAAGUCCGGUAGUCGUUACUUUAAAACGAAAAGAAACGGUAAAGUGGCGAAUUCGAUGUUCUUCAAUUCGACGGCAAUUCAGCUGCAGCAGUUCGUCAGCGAGGAGUUGCGCAGGUUGACGAAGGUGGGUGUGAUGUCGCACAAACUCGUGCAAGAGGUGCGGAAAAGGCGGAUCCCGGAUGACUACGAAAUGCUCAAUAUGUUGCUGUUUGGGGUUUUUAACUUGAAGGAGGGAAAAGGGCACCUGGAGAAGUUGAAGCAGUUUAGUUGGACGAAGAAGUCGAGGGUGGAUAACGGAACGAGACGGCGGUUGCUUGUGUCGUACUGUUAUAUUUUCGGACGGGAUUGCCAUCCUGAUGUCGAUUAUAACGAAUUGUUAAGGGUAGUUUAGAAGGCAUUCGUUUUCGGAGUGCCGAUACCAAAUAUUUUUUGUUUAAAUACAUACUUUGUAAAUU